AUGUCUGGGUACCCGGGCCAGGGAUACCACGGUGGUUACGGCGGUCCUCCGCCUGGACAGUACCCGCCCCAAGGCGGUUACUACCCCCCUCAGCAAGGCUAUAGCGGCUACCCUCAAGGUGCCCCAGCAGGGGGAGCACCUGGCUACGGCUACCAGCAGCCGCCUCAACAGCCGUACUACGGCCAGCAACCACCACAACAACAGUACGGCUACAACCAGCCUUCUCCUGGCCAAUAUGGCCGCCCUGCCCCAAGCCCAAACUCAAGCUCAUUCGGUGGUCAACAAGGGAGAGCCGGCCCGCCUCCACCUCCCGCACAACCUCAGCAGUUCGGCCAUGGUGCUCCCACUGGCUACAACUUUCAGUACUCCCAGUGCACCGGAAGGAGGAAGGCCUUACUCGUAGGCAUCAACUAUUUUGGCCAACGCGGACAGCUUCGUGGCUGCAUAAACGAUGUCAGAAACAUGUCGGCCUACCUGUGCGAACACUUUGGCUAUAAGCGCGAGGACAUGGUCAUCCUCACCGACGACCAGCAGAACCCCAUGAGCCAACCUACCAAGCAGAACAUCCUCCGGGCCAUGCACUGGCUCGUCAAGGAUGCUCGGCCGAACGACUCAUUAUUCUUCCAUUACUCAGGUCACGGCGGGCAAACGAAGGAUUUGGAUGGAGAUGAGCCCGAUGGCUACGAUGAAGUCAUCUAUCCUGUCGACUUCCGCCAAGUCGGCCACAUCACCGACGACGAAAUGCACCGGAUCAUGGUCCAGCCGCUACAGGCGGGUGUUCGCUUGACUGCCAUCUUCGACUCGUGCCAUUCCGGAACCGCACUCGAUCUACCGUACAUCUACUCCACCCAGGGCAUCCUCAAGGAGCCGAACCUGGCCAAGGAAGCUGGCCAAGGCCUUCUCGGAGUCAUCUCUUCCUACAGCCAGGGCGAUCUCAGCGGUGUGGCCAACAACAUCGUGGGCUUCUUCAAGAAAGCCACCACGGGCGAAGACGCACACAACCGCGCCCUCGCUACCAAGACCUCUCCUGCCGAUGUCGUCAUGUUUUCUGGCAGUAAAGAUGACCAAACCUCGGCUGAUGCCACGAUUGCCUCGCAAGCCACCGGCGCCAUGUCCUGGGCCUUCAUCACGGCCCUCCGAAAGAACCCUCAACAGAGCUACGUGCAGCUGCUCAACAGCAUUCGGGACGAGCUGGCCACGCGCUACACCCAAAAGCCGCAGCUGUCAUGCUCCCAUCCACUGAACACUAACGUUCUCUUCGUCAUGUAA